UUUCGCGGGGCAACAACAGCACAAGAGAAGAAGAGAGACAACUAAACAUCCUCCGACAAACAACAACAAAAAGGAGAAAGCGAAGCGGCGUCGUCUCGGAAAGCCCGCGAAGUGACCCGGACCGAGUUUAACGACAUUUAUUUCACUGAUUUUCGAUGUUUCUUCGUCGCCUCUUCGGCCACUUGUUCCCGUCCUGAACUCUCGAGGCCUUGAGGAGGCGAGUAACGAUGAUGGCGACGGCGGAGCCUCCGAGCGGCUCCGGCCUCCUCCACCUGCUGGAGUCGCUGGAGGACGACGGCGCCGGUCCGGCCGAGCACACGGACGCCUACCUCACCAUCGCCAAUCGGCUCAGCGGAGACGAGGGCCGGCAGUUCCUCCCCGCAGUGGAGAAGCACUUCCCCCGUCUGGGCCGAGCCAUCCUGGCCCACGUCACGAGCCCCACGGCGGAGCUCAGCCAAGCCGCGCUGCAGGCGCUCGGCUUCUGCCUGUACCACUCCCACGUCGUCUCGGGGGUGCCCGAAACCUUUGCAGCAGAAAUCCUGUCGUCGCUCUGCUCCCUGGUGGGGAAGUCUCCCGAUAAGAACACGUGCACCAGAGCAUUGUGGGUAAUCUCCAAGCAGAGCUUUCCUCCAGCCGUGGUGGGCCAGAAUGUGUCGGCCAUCUUGGGAAUGCUGGAGGGCAUUUGGGGCCGAGGCGACGUGCAGUCCGUGGUGAUGGAGCACGAGGCCCUGAACGUCAUCAUCAGGCUGCUGGAGCAGGCGCCGGCCCAGAUGGCGGACGGCGCCGUCCGCUGGGCGAAGCUCGUCGUGCCGCUGGUCGUCCACUCCGCCGCCAAGGUGCGCCUGCGGGCCGCGGCCGCCAUGGAGACGGGGAUGCCCCUCCUCCUGGAGAAGCGCGCGCAGGUGGCCGGCGUCAUCGAGCCCAUGAUGUCAUCGAAGCUGAUCCCGGAGCUGCAGAAGCUCUUCUUGUCUAAGAACGAGGCCAACGUGCUGAAGCUCUGGCCGCUGUUCGUCAAGCUGCUGGGGAAGCUGCUGCACAGAGGGGGGCCCUUCAUCAACUCCCUGCUGCACCUGGAGGAGCUCGGCUUCCGCAGCUCGUCGCCCGCCAUCAAGAAGAUCGCCUUCAUCGCCUGGAAGAGCCUCAUCGACAACUUCGCCCUCAACCCAGACAUCCUGUGCAGCGCCAAGCGCAUGAAGCUCCUGAUGCAGCCGCUCGCCUCCAUCAACGUGCGUACGGAGGUGCUGCUGCUCACCAAGGUGGAGGUGUGGUGGUACCUGGCGGUGCAGCUGGGGCCCAACCUGCUGCCCAACUUCGAUCAGGUGUCCGUCCCUCUGCUCCAGUGCACCAUCGGCUCCGACGCCCCUCUGGUCCCCGGCACCCCUUCUCGAGCCGUCGGUCCAAAUGGUGCCGUCCCACCGGGCACGCCCAAGUCCGGCUUCAUCAGUCCGGCCACCACACCGCGGCUCAGCCUGAACGCCAGCCUCCAGAUCCCCUCGGUCUUCCCCUCCAUCCAGCUGCUCGGCCUGGAGAUGCUGCUCCACUACUUCCUGGGGCCGGAGGUCGUCGCCACGGCGGCGAAGAGAAAGCUCGUCCUGAGUCUCGAGCCGCUGAGCCACCCUCUCCUCUUGGGGGCGUCCUCGUUCACCAAGCACGCCGCCGUGCUCACCGCCAACCUGCGGGACGGAUUCAUCAACGUCGGCAAAGACGCUCCAGAAUCUCUUUUGGCCGUUUUGUGGACGAGUCUCGUCCGGUUCGUCAACUUGACGAUCGAAUCCGCAGGCAGUAAGAAGGACCGGCAGGGCGGUGAAGUCCUGACGCUGAUGCUCCAGGCUCUGCAGAGCAUCGUCACCUCCGAGGCUCUGCCUGCAGACAAAGUCCUGAUUCUGUUCGAGGCCACGGUGAAAGGAAUCCCCCAGAGAGUCCUCGGCUCCGCCUCCUACCAAGUGGGCAAGAUGGACGUGCUGAAUGGAACGCCGGCUCUGUUCCUCAUUCUCCUGCUCUACAACAGCAGCUCGCUCUCCGCCUACAUCGAGGACGAGAGGUUUUUCCAGAGCCUCCAGACGCUGGUGGGCUGCGGCCUGUCGGGCCCCACCUCCCCGCUUGCGUUUGGCGAGGCGGUGCUGGGCGCCAUCGGGCGCAGCGCCGAGUCGGUGCAGAACAAGGAGCAGCUGUACAGGAUGUGGAGCGCCAUGGUCGUCCCGCUCACCGACACCGUCACACAGUCCAACGAAGUGAACCAAGGCGACGCUCUGGAGCACAACUUCGGCGCCAUGAACUCGGCCCUGAUGUUCCCCGUCACGCGCCUCCUGCAGGGCACGCCGCUACCGCAGGCGGCCCAGAAGUCGAUGCUGUCGUCGUGGGGCAAGCUCUACACGGUGUUCGCCCGCUGCUCCGCGCUCGUGGUCACGGCCGAGGAGAACGUCUGCUGCGAGGAGCUCUGCGCCAAGAUUGCUGCCGUGAUAGACAGAGAUGCGCUGAUGGUUCCGUCCACGCUGCACGCCGUUGCCAGCGUCCUCCAGGUCAUGGCCGAGUGCGUGGACUUCUCGCCGUUCACGCCUCAGUUUCAAAACAAGCUGAAGUCGCCGCACACGCCGGUGAACUGGACCAGGAAGAGGAACAAGGUCCUCGGCAACCUGUCCACCUUCCAGUCCCUGCUGGUCCAGUGCCUGGAGGUCUACCUGCAGGGCCCCGAGGCGCCGCCCUCCGACGCCACGGGGCUGGCCCUGGUGUCCGUGCUCUCGGCGCUGUUCGGCAACCUCGCCCUCGCCAACACCGUGAAGGAAGCCGUGACGUCUCUGGUUCGCCCGCUCGCCCUCUUCUACGAGCGGGCGGCCGGCGAGCCGCCGCCGUUCUCCCCGCAGCUCCUGGGAAAACUGGACAAGCUGCUCUGCGAGGUCCUCUGCUGCCUGCAGAGCCGCUCGGCGCUGGCGUUCGACGACGAGCUGCUGGCGCUGUUGGCGCCGCUGCUCUGCGCCUGGUUCCCUCACAAGAACAAGCAGCUCCGCGCCGCCGUCGCCCAGUUCUGGAACGCCACCUUCGGCAACUCGCUCAGCCUCACGUACCCCGACGAGAUCAGGCAAAUCUUGAGCCACGUGAAGCAGAAGACACCGAUCAUCCUUCCCGGCUUCGUGAUCGUCGGCAUUCCCGACGAACUCAGCGAAACCAACUCUAGUGAGAGUUCCCAGUUGGAAACCAACCUCAGUGGGAUGCCGGUUUCCUCCGCGGCGGGGAAGAGGGACUCGCUGCAGAGGAAGGCUGCUGAGCCCAAGGCCCCCAAGUCGGUCUCUACCAAGCUGGACUUUGGCUCUCCGAAGCCCCCCCCCAGAGGGGUCCUGGAGGAAGAGGCCUCCAUCGACUUCGUCUUCAUUCCUCCCCAGACGAAGGAGCGAGUUCUGACGGAGCACCAGAAGGAGGUGAAGAGAACUAAAAGGGUGGACAUCCCCGCCAUGUACAACAACCUGGACGCCUCUCUGGACACGUCGGUGUUCACCCAGUACACGCAGGGUCAAGACGACUCCCUGGAGAAACUGGCAACGGAAGGAGCUGCCGACGAGGAAACCAAAGAGGCUCCUGGCAACGGAACGGAAACGCACAGCAUCAAGGUUCCUCCCAAAGAUGCAGAAAAAAAAGACUCUGAGGCCCCUCAAGAUUUUGUCAGCCAAGAAGCGGUAGAAAACAUGCCAGACAGCCACCAGCAGAAGGAGAUUAUCCCCGAGUCGGCAGAUAUUUCAAUGGAGGAUGACGAUGGUGCAGAAGACUUGGACCCGCAGUCUACCGAACGCACGAGUCCCAACAUCUCAGGUUCUUCAGAUCUGGUCUCCGGGACACCCCAGAAACCCAACAGUCGGCGUCAGUCCUUUAUCACCCUGGAGAAGUAUGCCGAGGGGAAACCUGCCAGCCCCAGCAGUGCAUCCACCUUCACAGGUAUCCUCAUAAAGACCCCAAAUAGCCAAAAAAGCUCCAAAACCAGCAGGACAUCGUCCUCCCAGACAUCCACUGGUCCCAACUCUCAGGAUUCCCAGUCUUCCCAGACGGGUAACAUGAUCUCGCAGUGUCCUGGGAACAAUGCCCUCGAGUCCCCGGUCAGGCCAAAAGGCUCUGGGAGAAAAAGUGAGCCAGUAAGGCUGACUGAGAGACUGCCCAGUGACCCAACGGUGGACGAAGACGUUAUCCCCGACACCCAGACUCUGGCGGGCAAAGAGGGUCCGGAAGUGGCUUCCUCAUCAGAGGACACGCAACCAUCAAGCCAGGAAGAGGAUUCUGAACCAACUCUGGACGCUUCUCAAUCUUCUCCAGGCGAAUCGAGGCGGUCUACACGCCCCAGAGUCAGACCUCAGCUGACCGGAGACGACGAAUGGGAAGAUAAAUAUACGCCGUCGAAAAGGAGGCGUUCUGGAGAGGAGCCAAAAGGGGAGUCUCCGAAGUCGAGCUCGUCGCAAAGCAGAUGCAACACGAGAAGUAUGCAAGCGGCUGAGGAGGAAGGCGUUAAAGACAGAUUACGAACAAGGCCUCAGAGGGACAAGAGGGCGUCGAGCCAAACCAACUCUCACGGGAAAGCACACAAGAGGAUCAAGCUGUUCAGUAGUUCACAGGACUUCCUCGAUAAACCUGAACCCAAAAGGAGAAGCGCCGGCGGGCUUCAGUCUAGCCAAAGUGACUUGCAGUCCGAUAACGAAAGCCAGUCCCAGGGCAGGCAAAGACGGCGGAGUAGAGCAACGGUGGAGAUCAAGGAGGACGGCGAUGUGAAGAAGAUGGUUUUGCCUGAUGAGGAAUCCAGCCAAAGUGGCAAACAUGAGCCGGUAGAACAGGCCAAAAAGGGUGAUGAGUCGAAGGAAGAGUCUCAAACGGUCACUCCUUCCCCCCAACCUGGUGGCACUACUUCCCCCCAAACUGGUGGCACUGCUUCCCCCCAAACUGGUGGCACUGCUUCCCCUCAAACUGGUGGCACUGCUUCCCCUCAAACUGGUGGAACUACUUCCCCUCAAACUGGUGGCACUACUUCCCCUCAAACUGGUAGCACAGCUUCCUCCCAACCUGGUGGCACAGCUUCCCCUCAAACUGGUGGCACAGCUUACUCCCAAACCAUUAGACGACCUUUAGAGUCUGAGCUUUUAGAAAAGACCAUCAAGGAAGAGAGAGAUUUUCGAAUGGUCUCUGCUUCGCCGGCGACUGAAGAGUCCCAGUAUGGAACGCACGUGACCAUAAGGUUGGUAAAUAAAUCAAAGGUUAAAGACGAACUCGAAACUAAUGACAGCACGGAGGACAACCGGAGUCAAGAGGAUUCUCAAGCGGCUACCCCUUCUUCUGACAGCCAGUCGCUGCGUCGAUCCAGAAGAAGCAAGUCAUCGGCCGAGGCUGCGGGGUCCGAAGACAAAAGUAAAAAUAAGGAGUCUUUAGAAAGCCGGAGUACCUCCGAUUCUCAGCCAGAGGCCGGGAUGGGAGGAAGGCCCAGACGGAGCAAGGUACAAGAGGAGCAGUCAAAGUCGAGUCCUAACGCAAGGAGUUCUCAAUCGGAGACUGUCGGAUCAGCCGAAUCACCCAAGGGCAAAAACCUCAGCAGAUCUUCCCCAGCUUUGCCAGUCGCCAGUAAAGAGUCGUCUGAGUCCGAAUCAUCGGAGGUCAAAGAAAGUCCUGGUGUGCCCAAAAAGAGGGGGAGGAAACUCAAAGUGUCUUGUCCAAGUCCUCUCACUAUUGAACCUAAAGAAGGUCAAAUGAAUACUGGUACGGUAGAGGAUGAUCCUGAUGCUUCUCAGAAGGUAGAUUCCCAAAGCGUAGAAGAUGAAAGCAUACCGGCGUUGGCGGAAUCGCAGACAUCGCAAGACUUGCAGGAUUGUGACUCGCUCCAGGUUGCAUCCAACUCUGAGGAGCAAAGUAAUGAAGGAACCCAGAUGGAGGCUGAUGCUGUUGUUGAGAAAACUGAAUCCAACUCGCUCGGUGCGUCUCCUCGCGAGGAGCAAACGCAAAAGGACUCCUCCAUUGAGAGAACCUCUUCGCAGGAAGGAGGCACUGGGAACUUGCCCCCGGCUGAGGUGCUUGAACCAGCCGGGAUCGGCUCUGAACAGACUCGGGAAGAGGCGACCUGUGACGCCCCUUCGUCGUCUGUUGAGGACUCGGUUGUGACGACCGAAGAACUGCAGACCUCGGAGUCUUCGGAGGAGAAAGCUGGAGAAGAGUUGGAGUCUGAAACCCAACCGCAGGACUCGGACCCGACUCGCCAAGAAGAGCCGAUUGUUCCCGUCGAGGAACCGGCUGAAGGCGGUUGCAGUGCCUCCUCUGUUCCCGAGUUAGACUCCAACGACGACGAAUCGACCGCCCGGCACGCAGAGGCCGAUGCCGGGGACGCUGUGCCGCCGCUACAGGAGGGCGACAAAGACGAAUCCCAAAUUGCGGACGGAGAAACGCCGACCGCCGAGGACGAGGAAGACGUGGUCGCACAUCUAGCCGUCGCUCUGGCUGACGUCGGCGAUCCUUUGUUAACGGAGUCGACGAGCCGAGGGGUCAACCCGGGUUCUCCGGCGAAGCAGAAGGACCUGGAGGCUUUAAUAGAGGCAGAUGUUGGCGACAGCCCCCGGACCAGAGGGACCUGGUCUCCUUCGGCCUCCCCAUCGAGCAGUAUUCUGAAGAAGGGCCUGAAGAGGCCCCUGGAGGAGGAGCCGACCUCGCCUCUGGUCAAAUCCAGACGCGUCUCUUUUGCUAAUCCAAUCCAGCAUCAGGAGGUGGCGGACAACAUCGACCGUCGCAGCCCCACCAUCAGAACCAGCUCCCCCAGGCGCUCCAAAGGCAGCGGCAUCCCCCAGCCCAAGUACGUCACCACGCCUACAAAAGGUCUGCUGAUCCUGAGUCCCAGAAAUCUGCACAGUCCGGGUUACAAGAGCUCCAAGAAAUGCCUGAUUUCCGUGAUGAGCCAAGAGCCGCGGCCCGUCUCCAGAGACUCCAUCUACCCUUCUCUGAUUGGCUGCUCCACGCCCGUGGAAGCCGUGCUGCCUCAGAUCUCCUCCAACAUGUGGUGCCGGGGUUUCGGGCAGCUGGUUCGAGCCAGAAACAUCAAAACCGUCGGCGACCUCAGCGCGCUGACGCCCAGCGAGAUCAAGACUCUGCCGAUCCGCUCGCCCAAGAUCUCCAACGUCAAAAGAGCUCUGAAGAGUUACGAGCUGCAGCGUAAAGGACGAGGUGGCGACGAGAUGACGACCUCUGACCUGGAGGUCGCUGCUCCCCAGAACCCGGACGAGGAGGACAAGACCUCCGGAGAGACGCUCGCCACGGAGCUGGUGGACGAGGGGCCCGAGGGAGACGGCUCCGGGAAUCGGACGCCCGGCACGCCGUCCGGAGACCGAGAGCACGACCCCGAGGCCCGGCUGCGGUCGGAGGUGGACGCCCUGACCGGCAGUAUGACGCCCCGGGAGCUGGGCCGCUGCUCCCCGACGCGGCUGCUCCAGAUCCACGAGCAGCUGGGCGGCCUGAUGCGGCGCGUGGCGGUCGAGCUGCAGACGCGCCUCUGCCGGCCGUGAAGAGGCGGACGGGGCGAGUGUCACGCGACCCGUGAAAAGGUUCCGUUAGCAACCGAUCUUACGCAAUGAUGAGUUCAUGGUUUUUAACUCCGAACGCCUCGGCCACGUUUUUUCUUUUUCCCGUAACUGUGUUUUUUGUCUUUAACAUUUUAAAUUUCCAGCUGCACUUUUUUCCCGAUCUGUAGCGCGAGCUGUUUGGAUAGUUUUUAUAAAUACGAUUUUUAAGAAACACUCAAAGGGAAGUACAGGCCCACUUUUCAAGCUGUGCCAGAAGAAAGAGGCGUGGUGAUUUUUAAUGGACGGUGAUGUGUGAUUACAGAUGUAUUUAGAAGAAAUAUCUUUUCAUACCGUUGUAAAAUCUAUUUUGUACAUAUUAUUUCUCUUGUGCCUGUUUUUUAAGGCUGUUUACAAUUUAACGCAGUGCUCUUGUACAUAAACUUUUUAUUUUACCAUUUUAUUAGUUUGAAAAUCUUUUUUCUGUCAUUUCAGUUUAACGUCUUCCAGAAUUUCUACCAUGCAUACUGUAGAUGGUGGCAGACAGUCUACUGUUUUAUUUGUUUUAAAUGCUUUAAUAAAAGAAAACGGAUGGAUUUUGAAACAUU